UCCCACUUUUCUUUGUUGACUUAUGAAUUUUAAAUAACUCGAGUAGCUUUUUAGAACAACUGGAAAAAACAUUGUUUAGCCAAGCUACUAGUAACAACACUUGAAAAUGAUUGGAAUUAUACGUUUUUAAACUUUCUAGUUUGUAAACACAUGUUAAUUAAAUAUUUAUUUUUGAAUGCGUACAUAUAAAUAAAAUUUCCAACGUGACAAUUUUUUAUUUUUUAAAUUUUGCCUCUUUUUUUUUAAAUUUUAUUCGUUUCCUCGCGUUUUUUAUUCAUUAAUUAAAUUUUAAAAAAAUUAAAAAAAAAAUUUUUUUUCAGAUCCAAAGCCCUUAUCCACAACCUCUCCUUACGCGCGCAUAAUUUUCAUCUUUUUGUCAACAAAUCUGAAGCCCAUUAGAAGGCAAAAAGUAUUAGUGUUGACGACAGUGAGUAGGAGUAGGAAGACAUUGAAAAUCAGCAGCAGCCGAGUGGUAGAGUGAAGAAAAAAGUGUUUGGAAAUUGAAACGGGUAAAAAAGGAUUAAAACGAGUAGAAGCUACAACAUAGUUGUAGUUGACAACAAAUUCAAGCAGUACUUGCAACACAACAUCAGGUUGUGGAAAAAGUAGUUGACAACUAGUUGGAGCAGUAACUGCAACACAACAAUAAUUUGGAAAAAUUAGUUGGAGCAGUAACUUCAAGACACAACUACAGCGAGUAGAAAGCGAUUAGAAAGAAGAUCAUCUCUAGUAGAAGAACAACUAGGAGGAUAAACUCGAGUAGCUUUUUAGAACAACUAGAAGAAACAUUGUUUAGCCAAGCUACAAGUAAUAACAACAUUUUUUAAUUCUAAAAAUAUUUUUUGUGUUUAUUGUAAAAAAUAUUUUUCUACCAAAAAAAGUGCUAAACAACUGACUAUUUUGAAAAAAAAAUUUUUUUUGGACUUUGAAGGACACUGAAAAAAAAUUUUUUUAAUUGCAAAAACUCGUUUUUCCUUCUAUCCACGUGAAGAAUAAAAAAAGGACCGAAAGCAAUAACAACUUUUUAAAGAAGAAAAAAAUAGAAGAAGAAAAAAAUGUUCUUUUUCGACGAGGACAGAGAUGAUGGACAGCAAAUGGAUGUGAAAAACAACAACAACAAUUCUCAAAUUUAUCAUGAUUUUGCUAUUCCACAAUUUAAUAGUAGAGGAGGAAUGGUGGCGUCGACAACUGCUGCGAUAAAAGACGAUCAAAUUGUGUCAUUAGAAGAAUUACAAAAUCGAAAACCUUCUCAAAAUUUCGCCGACUACAAUUCUUUCAACACUACUUGCCCUCCCAUCGACAGCAGCGACGUCAACAUGCGAUUCGACAUUGGAUACAAUAAUUCCCAUCAACAACGGGGAAACAAUUAUCAACAGAAGGCGAAGAAAUGGCACUUUAAUGACUACUACCGUCUCGUUGACGAUCACUUGGGCUCUGGAGCUUAUGCCUCCGUAAAAACUGCAAUCAAUUUGGCUAGCGGAGAGGAAUAUGCUGUUAAGGUUGUGAACAAACACAAACAUGGUCAUACUCGUUCGCGUAUCAUGCGAGAAGUCCAGAUUUUCAAACUUUGUCGAAAUCAUCCGAAUAUUGUACAAUUGGUUGAAUGGUUUGAAGAUGAUAGUAGCUUCUACAUGGUUUUUGAGAAGAUGCGUGGCGGCCCUCUUCUUAAUCAUAUUCAACGAAAAGUUUGCUUUACCGAGCAAGAAGCCUCGCUAGUAACGCGUGAUAUUGCGAAUGCUCUCAAAUUUCUUCAUGAUCGGGGAAUUGCCCAUCGAGAUGUCAAGCCGGAAAACAUUCUCUGUACCGAAGUAGACAAAAUCUCUCCAGUCAAACUCUGUGAUUUGGAUUUGGCUAGCAAACCAUUCGAUGCUACUACAACACCUGGUCGAAUGCGUCCUGUACAAUCAGAGCCAGAUUUGGCUAGCCCAGUUGGAAGUGCUGAAUUUAUGGCUCCGGAAGUUGUUGAUGCUUUUGUUGGGGAAGCGCUCAAAUAUGACAAGCGCUGUGAUAUGUGGUCAUUGGGUGUGAUUAUUUACAUUAUGCUUUGUGGUUAUCCUCCGUUUUAUGGAGAAUGUGAGAAGGAAAAUUGUGGAUGGGAUCAAGGCGAGUCUUGCUCUGAUUGUCAAGAGAAUCUCUUUCAUCGAAUCCAAGGCGGCUACUUUGACUUUCCCGAUGAGGAAUGGAAGCAUAUUAGUGACAGUGCUAAAGAUCUCAUUUGCCAUCUUUUGGUUCGAAACGUUCGCCAACGUUAUACUGCUGAUGAAGUUUUAACCCAUCCUUGGGUAACUCGUGGUGCUCCAAAGACUCCUCUUCAAACGGCCACAAAUCUUUCGCGAAAUGAUAGUGCUCGUGAUGUUCACCAAAUGAAUGAACAUUUUCUUAUGAUGAAUCGAAUUUCACCAAUGAUUGCACGUUUAAGUUCGCGUUUGAAUGUUGCUGCUGCGGUGGAGGCGGGUUCUGUUGUUGUUGUUCCUGGAGGUGGUGUAGUCAACAAUCAUAAUAACAAUAACAACAUCAACAACAAUACCAACAAUAAUAAUAAUAAUCUUCACCAUCAAUAUCCUCCUCCUCCUCAUCAUCAACCACUUCAACUUCACGGUCAAUUUGCUCACCACCACCAUCCAUCACCUCCAAUUUCUCUUCCACAUCAACAUUUGAUGAUUACAAUGAAAAACAAUUAA